AUGCUAGCGCAAGAGCCCUCUGGCGAUGAACGGCUAGGCAACUAUGCCUCUGUUGCAAAAGAGGAAAAUGGGCAGGGUAGCCAUCGAAAACUGUGGGCGCCCUUUUUUCUACGUCGUCCAAUCAUGGUCGUAUUCUUGUUCAGUUUCCUGUCACUCUUCGGCACACUCAUCGCGCUUUAUGUGUACACCCAACGGCAGGGUCGCAGUUUGGGAAUCAAGACUGAUGGUGAUCGAUACUAUUAUCUAUGGACGUAUGGGCUGACAGCAGUAUUCACGAUCCUCACAGCCGGCUGGAUGCAGGCAGAAUACCGCGCCGCACAGCUCAUGCCGUGGAUUUUGAUGCACCAGGGCCCAACGCCAGCUUCGCAGAGUAUCUUCCUGGACUACAUGUCAAAAUGGAACGUUGUAUCGCUAUAUCAAUCCCUCAAGCAAAAGCACUUUCUGGUAUCUCUAUGUGUGGCAGGUUCGCUGCUUCUUAACGGUGUGACGGUGUUUUCAACCGGUCUCUUUGAACUCGAUUCAGUGCCUAUUACUCGCCCCUCGAGCCUGACCGUCCCCAAAGCGUUUAGCGAGGGCAAUUAUCGGCCAACUGUCUAUGACUCCCGGUCAUACGCCGCCUGUUCUGCGUUUGCUGCCCACAAUUUAACCCGUCCUUUCGGCCUCCACGAACCUUACAUCUAUACCCCUUUCCAGCCAGCCAGCUCAAAGGCGACGGGGAACAAUACUAUCCCAAUAGGCCCAAAAUAUCAGGCAGAGAUAGAAGUCAUUGAGCCUUUCCUCGAUUGCCAGAACGGGACCGUGACUUGGACGACCGGUCGCAUACCAUCACCGAACUGGAAUGGUACCGGCGACCAACCAGACGUGGAAAGAAACACCACAAUGUGGUCAGCCGAGGGGGGAUGUGAUUAUAAGAUCUACCCCAGUACCCUCGAAGAGAUGUUGAACAAGAAAAGUGUUAGCAUUGAGAUGCAUUUAACCGCAUGUGGAGGCGAAAGUGCCAACGCCUACGCUGUCGGCAAAAAUUUGCUUGUUGACUGGACCGUUGAUUGGCGACUUUGGGCAGCUGUCAUCAAUCCGGCGAGCGCUAAGCUCGCAGGAAAUGAAGUACUGCGAUCGCCAAGCAAUACCCCUCCCAUUCACCUGGUUGUCUGCAAGCCUAGGUAUAAUGCGUAUCGGGGCCCAGUGAAAAUAUGGCGUGAACCUGGACAGAGUGCCAUAUCAGCGUAUAUUCAAUCGCAGAGCUUGAAGGUCACAGAGGGAAUCGCGAAUGUCUCAGCGGCAAAUAUUCUCCAUAGUAGCUUCCGGUCCUUAAGUCUGAGCGAGGGUAAUGGGGGCCCUGUUGUUUCGGACGAGGACUUUCACUUCACUGGACACGAGGGCACUUCACAAGAGGUAUAUUGGAACGAUAUGGCGGCGUUUACAGAUGCCAUGCGAAGUGAAUUCUCAUGUCUUAUGCGGCAAGUCGUGCAGAAUGAGCUGCUCUAUCCUAACCCGCACAAUGUUGAGGGAACGGAGCAGUUUAUUGAGGAGCGUCUCUUUGUGCGUCCGUUGUCGUUCUGGCUGAUGGCAGCUCUACUGGGUUUUUUGAUUACUAUUGCUAUCAUCCUUCUUUUCUUCUUUGUCCCGGUUGCUGUGUGUCCGCGAGAUACGGGGUCCAUUGGGGGAAUGACGGCUGUAUUUGCCCAGAGCCCGGAGUUCAUGGCCUCAUUUAAAGAAUCACAGCUCAAGACAGAGUCACAGAUGGCAGAUACUAAGCUGGGUCAGACACUGUAUACAUCAAGUCAUAUGGAGGGAACGUUCAGGCUACUCCCACAGAUUGAACCAGCGGAUACAUCGGCAUCUGAAGGUAUCAAAUCUAGUGAACGUGACAACUCUUCGACAACUUGGUGGUAUCCAUUUUCGAGUACAUGGUUUAUUAGAGUUGCCGUGGUUAUUCUUCCAGUCGCCGUGAUCAUCAGCCUUGAGGUUGUUUACCACAUUUCCGCCAGUACGCAUGGUAUCACUCUAGUCGACGGAAAGUCACCUUAUAUCCACUACAUCUGGACCUAUAUCCCGGCAUUGGUCAUGUUUAUCAUCCGCGUCGUGUUCGCAUCCGUCGAGUUCGGCGCACGGAUUGUCCAACCUUAUGCUCGCCUCCGCGAGGGCUCUGCUCCACCACAAACAACCAUCUUCGAGAACCAGCUUCGCAAAAUCGCCCUCUACGGGGUAUUUGAUAACCUCCGACAGAAGCAAUGGACUCUCGCCGCAGCCACAACGUCCCUACUUCUUGCUGCAAUAAACCCAAUUGUGGUAUCCGGUCUUUAUACUGCCAAAGCCUCGUGGCCGACAUCUCCUAUGAACAUCACGCAAACUACCCGCUGGAAUCUAGGGGACCCCACUCGGAGCGACAAGUUGAAGUAUAGUAAAGUUGUCGACUUCAAUACAGACAAAAUGGCGGGCCUUAUUAUCCAUCUCAACAUGACCGAUCCACAAUGGACAUACAACAACCUUGCCUUCCCGCAGUUCGCCCUUCUCAACACCGUCAUCCCACCAGGCGCAGGCUACAUCGACGUCCGCAUCCCCGCCCUCCGCAGUCAGCUCGCUUGUAAACAUGCGCCAAUCAACUGUUCGGCCGGAGCCACUGGAUACUUCUGCAAAUCCGACGACCCCUGCUAUGAGUAUGGGAUGGGAAGCAACCCGGUGGAAGACACGACAUACUUCAUUCAAGGCACUUACCUCUUACCGGCCAAAAAUGCAACCUCGAACUGCUCUACUGACAACAUACUAUACGGAGACUAUGGGUACAAAGUUGCGUCACCUGAAAAUUAUUUGCUCAACUGCAAUGCGACAAUAGAGGAGGUAGACGUCGAUACAAGGCUCCAACUCCCCUCCUUCUCCAUUGAUGCCGACAUCCACCCCCGGAUCGUCCCAAACACAACGAGAAAGGUCUUCAACACGACCAUCAACUCCUUUCCUUCGCUGAGCACGAUCGAUAAUUACCUCUUCAAAACAAACCCCAACGUCAGCAACAUCCUCCUAAGCGCUCUGACCGACGGCAUUCAUGGCGUCCCUGCCAAAGAACUCCUCGACCCGCCUAUCCUAGCAGCGCGUCUCAAUACAGUUUGGGGCAUCAUCAUGGCGCAAUUAUUCAAUUCUAAUGGGCGGGAAUCUUUCGAUGACCCGCUGAACACUACUUGGUUUGUUGAGCCUGCUACCAGCCACGCGCCUAUUUACGAAGGCGUCUUUCAUGAUGGCCGAAAGUAUCUCGUGCAGAGUGAAAUUUCCACGCGUAUCCUGGAUGGUGUAUUGGGCACGAUGGUGAUUUGUGCACUUGCUGUGCUUUGUGUGAUGCGGACCAAGGAAGUGCUGCCUAAGAGUCCGUGUAGUAUUGCUUCAGUUGCGAGUCUCGUUGCUGAGUCAAGGUUUUUGGAACUCCUGAGGGGCACGGAAUAUUCCGAUGCGGAGUUGAGGAAAAGGGGGUUGUUUGAGGGGGUUUUCUCAAUGGGAUGGUGGGAAGUUGAAAGAAAGAUGAGUCAGUCUGAUUUUUCAACUUCGAGUGGUUCGAGUGUGUCUAGUGUUGGGGAUGAAGGCCAACAUGAAGGGCGUGGUUCGGCCGUGGAGAGAGGUAAUGAUAACACGCGGGUUGAUGAUAGGCGGACUAGAUUUGGGAUUGAUAUUGAUGGGAAUACGCCGCUAUUACGUGAUGUUUCAUGA